GAGGAGCGGAGGAAGAUGAAUUCCCAGCAGCAGAGGAUGGCCGCUAUAGGAACUGACAAGGAAUUGAGCGACUUGCUGGACUUCAGUGCGAUGUUUUCCCCACCUGUAAAUAGUGGAAAAACCAGACCAACUACGCUAGGAAGCAGCCAGUUCAGUGGAUCAGGUAUGGAUGAGCGAACAGGCACCACAUCCUGGGGAACGAGCGGCCAGCCAAGUCCUUCCUAUGAAUCUUCAAGGGAAAAUGGCAGCCUUCAUGGAAAAAGCUCAGACCUCUCCACAGACAUAGAAAAGUUGAAAUCUCAAGAGGGUUUUGCAGACAGUCCUCAUUACAGUGAUCACUUGAAUGACAGUCGAUUAGGGCCUCAUGAAGGAUUGUCCCCGACACCUUUCAUGAACUCAAAUCUGAUGGGAAAAACCUCCGACAGAGGUCCGUUUCCACUGUAUGCUAGAGAUACAGGCUUACCAGGCUGUCAAUCUAGUCUGCUUCGGUCUGAUAUGGGGCUUGGAAGUCCAGGUCAGCUGUCAUCUUCUGGAAAACCUGGAACACCCUACUACCCAUUCUCUGGCACAAAUCAGCGCCGACGACCACUUCAUGACUCAUCAGCUCUUGAUCCUCUACAGACAAAGAAAGUAAGAAAGGUGCCCCCUGGUUUGCCUUCUUCCGUGUAUGCACCAUCCCCCAGUUCUGAUGAUUUCAACAGAGAAUCUCCAAGUUACCCAUCUCCUAAGCCACCAAGCAGUAUGUUUGCUAGCACUUUCUUUAUGCAAGAUGGGACCCACAAUUCUUCUGACCUCUGGAGUUCAUCCAAUGGCAUGAGCCAGCCUGGCUAUGGUGGGAUGCUUGGAGGCUCCUCUUCCCACAUGUCCCAGUCCAGCAGUUACGGCAGCCUGCACGCACACGAUCGUUUGAGCUAUCCCCCGCAUUCAGUCUCACCUACAGAUAUAAAUGCCAGUCUUCCUCCAAUGUCCAGCUUCCAUCGUGGCAGUACCAGCAGUUCACCUUAUGUAGCUGCCUCACACACUCCACCUGUCAAUGGAUCAGAUAAUAUUCUGGGAAACAGAGGAAAUGGUGCUGGAAGCUCACAGACAGGUGAUGCGCUUGGAAAGGCAUUGGCAUCUAUUUAUUCUCCUGAUCAUACCAGCAGUAGUUUUCCAUCGAAUCCAUCAACACCAGUUGGGUCACCAUCGCCUCUUACAGGUGCCAGUCAGUGGUCGAGGAGUGGAGGACAAGCCCCCUCAUCUCCCAGCUAUGAAAACUCUCUACACUCCUUGAAAAAUCGAGUUGAACAGCAACUUCACGAGCAUUUGCAAGAUGCAAUGUCCUUCUUAAAGGAUGUCUGUGAGCAGUCCCGGAUGGAGGAUCGCUUGGACAGACUCGAUGAUGCCAUCCACGUGCUGCGGAACCACGCUGUGGGGCCUUCCACAAGCCUGUCAGCUGCCCAUGGAGAUAUCCAUAGUUUACUGGGACCAUCCCACAAUGGGCCAAUUGGAAGCCUGAACUCAAACUAUGGAGCAUCCAGCCUUGUAACAGCCAACAGACAAGCAUCCAUGGUUGGGACUCACCGGGAAGAAGGUGUCAGCCUCAACAGCAACCAUUCAGUUCUUCCCAGUACAGUUUCUGCUCAGAGCACAGAAUUAAAUCAUAAAACACAAGACAGCUACAGAGCACUGUCGGGUGGCUUACAGAGCCAGUCUGUGGCUAUAGGUCCAACAGAAAUCAAGUCUGAACAUAAGGAGAAGGAUGAAAAUAUCCAUGAACCCCCCUCAUCAGAUGACAUGAAAUCAGAUGACGAGUCCUCCCAGAAGGAUAUCAAGGUCUCAUCCAGAGGCAGAACAAGCAGUACUAACGAAGAUGAGGAUUUAAACCCAGAGCAGAAAAUAGAAAGAGAGAAGGAGAGAAGAAUGGCAAACAACGCCCGGGAGCGUUUGCGCGUGCGAGACAUUAACGAGGCGUUCAAGGAGCUGGGCCGCAUGUGCCAGCUGCACCUCAAGAGCGAGAAGCCGCAGACGAAGCUGCUGAUCCUCCACCAGGCUGUGGCAGUGAUCCUCAGCCUGGAGCAGCAAGUGAGAGAACGAAACCUAAACCCUAAAGCAGCCUGCCUUAAGAGAAGGGAAGAAGAAAAAGUUUCUGCCGUAUCGGCAGAGCCACCAACACCACACCCAGGAAGCCACCCUGGCCUGAGUGAAACUACCAACCCUAUGGGUCAUAUGUGAACACCAGCCAGAAUUCCAGAAUUAUUGGUAGGAUACACAGAAGGUGACCUUUCUUCACAAGGACACAGACAACUAACAUUAUAUGAAGACACAAACCUGACAGGAGAAAACACUUGAAGCAAGAAACCCAAAUGCAAUCUUAUGAUCAAAGCUACUGGUCAACACCUGCAUCAGGAGUGAAGAUACAAGAUCUUCAGACAGAAUUUCAGCCCUUGAGAUACUCUGAACAUAUCAUUCUGUUGCAAGCAGUGUGUCGCUUCUGCACAAUCAGAGACUGUUGUGAUCUCUCCACUCAUUGUGGAAGUUGCCUUGUGCCUAAACUGAAUUGACAAAUGCAUUGUAACUACAAAUUUUAUUUAUUGUUAUGGAACUGUAAAGGUCUACAUAUAAAGGGAAAAGUUAACAUGUUAAAAGCUGAUAAAAUUUCAGCUGAAUGCCAGCAUUUACUAAAGCUGUUCACAUUCAGAGAACAAAGCAGUGACAACCGUCGACCCGUAGCAUUCCCAGCAUACCUAUUAGUGUCUUAAAAAAGGAAGGGAAAAGUCUUUUGUUGUCCUUUCCUCUCCUUUUGCCAUAUGACUAGUGUUUUCCACGCAAUAGGAAACUAUUCCUUGGUAUAGCUUAUUUUAUGUUAUUUUUGAUCUCUGUUAAUCUGAACAGUUAUGGUCACAGUUCCCCUUCCAUACUGAGCUCUGUGCCUCGAGCCACUCAGAGGCCUCAUGAAGGCUGCAGGCUGGAGCAAUACUGUGACCAUAACAUUUCUUGGUUUUAAAAAGUGAUUUUUAUUUUCCCUCAGACUUUCCUUGAACAUUUUUUUUUUCUAAUUAUAAACAAAACCUUUUUAGGCUUCUAGGCUUCAUAGUAAAGCUUGUAACGUGAAGUGUAAAUUGGGUGGGGAGAAUCUACUUUGUUAGAGUUGCUUUGUUUUCCGAGCAGUAAGUACUACAUAUAGUACAUGUAAAGUGUUAGCUGUAUGUAAGCACAAAAUGCAUUAAAAUACAAAGGAGAUUUUUUUUCAGGCUGUAACUUUGGUGAAUAGUAAAAUCUCAAAUUCACCGUGGCAGGUAGUGUGAUGAUAUAACCACCAGCAAGGUGGGCUUAUUAUGUAAUGGAAUCUUAAGAGCAAUGGUCACCAGUUUUUCCUUCCUGUACACGUUAACUAUCAUGUCAUGUUGUAUGGCUUGUCAGUGGAGAAAAAAUAGUGUGAAUCAAAUGCAAAUACCCCCGUCCCAAGCCAUAUUAGCAUUAAACCUUUAAAUGUUUCUCCACCAGAAUAGUGUCCAUAAGUAUUCCUUUGUCACAGAUGUGUUGAAAUGGUUAAAAUCCCUUUGAACUUCCAUGGAAACUGUCUUCCACUGCAAUGACCAUGGGAGGAAAUUUCCUAAGCCAAGGUUGUCUGAGCUAUUGUUUAUAUAGUGCAUCUUUCAUCACUGGCAAUUGGUUCACACACGAAACAGGAACAAAACUAUAAUUUUAAUGAAGUAAUUUCGUUUGAAAGAACAAAAGAUGGAUUGAUAAAAUAAACUAAUGAAUUUAAGCUCA